AGGGAAUUGAAUCCCAUGCUCUGCACAAUAUAAUUUUUUAAAAGCAAAAAAAACCACGCGCUCACACGCGCACCUUCCACUCUGAGAAGCGAGUAUUUCUCCCUCUUCAAUGUUCUCCCUCCUCCGAUGACUUUCACCAUACAACCAACGAAGAACACACUCUCACAUAUUAUUAGCUUUUAGCUCUCUCUCUCUCUCUCAGUCCUUCUUCUUCGCCCAGCCAACAUGAGCUCAAUCGUUCAGGGUUUCACCAAGUCGCUGGCCAUGACCAUUCUCUCUGAGAUCGGCGACAAAACUUUUUUUGCAGCUGCGAUACUGGCUAUGCGACACCCAAGACGCCUAGUCUUAUCAGGUUGCUUAUCGGCUUUGAUUGUGAUGACCAUUCUCUCUGUUCUUGUUGGCUGGGCUGCUCCAAAUCUGAUCUCUCGUACAUGGACUCAUCACAUUACAACAUUUUUAUUCUUGGGAUUUGGACUUUGGUCCUUAAAAGACGCUAUAUUUGAAGAAGGGGAUGCGGAAGAAUUGGCUGAAGUUGAAGCUAAAUUGGAUAAAGAUUGGAAGGCUAGCAAUGGAGCUACAAAAAAUAGCAAUAAGGAUGAUGAUGCCACAAAAAAGCAUAAACGGUCAUUUUUAUCUCAGUUUUUUUCUCCUAUCUUUUUACAGGCAUUUUCUAUCACCUUUUUUGGUGAAUGGGGUGACAAGAGCCAGUUGGCUACCAUAGGUUUGGCUGCAGAUGAGAACCCAUUUGGUGUGGUUCUUGGAGGGAUUCUGGGACAAGCAUUGUGCACUGCUGCUGCUGUUGUUGGAGGAAAGAGUUUAGCUUCUCAGAUAUCUGAAAAAAUUGUUGCACUCUCAGGUGGAAUUCUUUUCAUUGUUUUUGGAAUUCAGUCAUUCCUCUCUCCAGUUGAAUCAUGAAGGCUGUGCUUUUGAGGGGAUGAAAAACUUUUCCAUCAUUGGAGCAGUAGUUCAAAGUGAAACUGGUAGGUCACAACUCAUUGUGCACCCAAUUUGGGUGCACUUAAGUUAUGUACAAUAAUCUCUCUAUGCAAAGUGGGUAGAACCCACCCAAGUACUGUAACUUGACUGGUUAUCACUCGUUAUUUUUGUCUCUCACAAGGUUGAUCUUUAGUUGUUUCCCCCUAAAGUGUCAAGUACCAUUGUAGAAGUCUUGCUCAACACAUAAUUUCAACUAUAACAAACUUAAAAAUAUUCUAGUUAA